AUGGAUAGAAUUGCGAAGGCUCUAGAUGCCCGUUUGGUGGGAACGAGUGCUUUUAAUAGUGGGGACAGUGUAUUAGAUUCCUUAUUGAGGCUUCAUAAUAGGGUUAGUUAUCAUGAAAUGGGCGGGGAUGCUGAUGAUGGUUCUGUUUUUAAGGUUCUUUUAGAAGAAGCGGACGCAUUGGAGGAUAAAGUCGAUUGUGGUUUGCAGAAGGCUAUUUUCACUAAUAUUAGGGGUAUUCUAAAUUUCAAGCUAGAUAAUGAAGCUGCUUCGGUGGAGAUGUUUUCGAGAUUGCAUGCUUAUAGUGAUAUGAUUGGUGAGUUUCCUGAUUUUUGGCGGUUAUUACUGUUGGAGAAUUUUUAUUACAAUGCCAAUGCGGAUCUUAGGACCUUGCCAGAUGUGUUGCCGUGUUUGCCUGUGGUUCCUAAGGAGUCUCAUGCGGUAGCAUGGUAUUACUUGGAAAAUGUUGCUGUCAGAAUUCCUUACUCUUGGGAUAGACUGGUAGAAUACUAUGGAGACACUCCGUUAACGUAUCUGGUUGGUGUUAUUAAUCAGACGGAGUCUAUUGAGCAUCAAUUGGUGGACUACGGUAAGAGAUUGCUGUCACGGACGAAGUUUCCUUCGGCAGAGGAGCCUAAUAGUGCUGAAUUGGAGGAAUUACAUCGGAUUUUGCAGUACCAUUUUAGAAGAAUUGAUGAACAUCCUUCGUUGGAAUGGGACAAGUUCUUAAUAGACUCCGCUGCGGCUACAUUUCAAAGUGUAUCCAUUUCAAAAUCAUCUUUGGUGUACUACACAAGAGUUGGCCAACAUAGGUUGGCAUUGUUGAACUUUGUUAACUUUAUCACUUAUACCGAACUUCGUCAUGAUCUAAAUAGCUCUGAAUAUUACGAUAUGGUUUCGUUGAUCGAUGCAUACACCUAUAUCCUAAAACAGGAUUCUGUUCCCGAAGAAAUCGGUCAAAUAUUUAAUAGAUCAAGAGCAUUCAGUAAGUUGAAAGAGUACCUUAACGAUUUUUAUGAGCAUUAUCACAUACCUAUCAUACCCAAAGAAAAAAGUGUCGAUUGGUCAUUGAAUCUUACUAGGCUCGUGGUCCCACCAACUUUGGCGGAUGUUCUAUCAAACGCGUGGCAUUUGUUUUACCAUUAUGAACAGACAGCAUUAAAUCAGUUGCUGGACUGUCGUCUUACUUACUAUCUGGCCAAUGCGAUGGCCCUUAAAGCACCUGAUUUAGACUUAUAUUUUGAAUAUGCAUUUGUACUAGCAUCGAGGAGAAAUAUUGAUAUGUGUAUCAAGUUUUUGAAAAAUAAUAUUUUGAAUAGAAACCCUAAAGAUUAUAGGUCAUGGCAUUUAUUGGCACUUUGUGAAUCCAUCCAAGAGGAUAAAGAAACGUCCUUCAAAAUUGUUUGCUCUGUUUUGGAUGCUAUGGGUGAGGCAUUGGACAAUUGUAAACUAUCAAUUGCCGACCGUUGGCAAUUUGUGCACCUAAAACUAACCCAGCUGUUACUUGUCAAGGAAAUGAUUGGAGUAAAAGAUGCUCUUGAAAUGUUGUCUGAAGUUUACCAACUGUACGCUGCACUAUUUCCAAAACCAGCAGAUCCUCCCAACUCUAAAGAUGAACUACGCCUCGGCCCUAAACACAAAGAAUCGAAAGAAUAUUUAUUGCAGUUUAUUUGGUUCUUUACUAGCAGAUUAUUUCUCCAAGCUAAUGACUUGGAGAACGCCGCGGAGGCAAUUGAUGAGGCAAAAAGCGUCACACAAGUGUUUACAAACCUUAAUAUCAACAUUGCUAGAGGGUACCUUUCUUUAUCAACGGACACACAUGUCGCAAUGUCAGAGUUUCAACUUGUAUUAAGUUUUGAUCCUUUAAACAUCGACGCCAUUAUAGGAUUUGCUAAAUUGGUUUACCCCGAUGAUUCAGAACAUGUAGAAACAUUGGACAAACAUAAACAUAUCCUCUCGGCAACUUCAAAGGGACCUUUUUCUUCAAACUCUAUACCACCGCCAGCCACAGUCGCCGCCACUACCGAUGUUCGCACCGCAGAUACUUUUGCAAAUGAGAAAGAUCGCUCUGCUGCCGUCGCACAAUUAAAACUACUUUUGGAGGGGUGCAUCGAGACAUCUAUCGAUGCUUAUCAUACUCCUGAGAUAUGGUGGUACGUGUCCCGUGUCUACGACGAGUAUGGCGAUUCGGAAAGGCUAGAACCCGCCCUAUGGAAAUGCAUGAAGUUCCAGGAACUUCAACCUAUCCGCGAUUUUAAGAAUUGUGUGUUCUAG